AGCAAUAAGAUUAGAUCAGAUUUCCUUGGGCCUUGAAGGAAGUGUUCUGCCCUGAGAAGCAGUCUUGAAAUUUAGCUGAGGGGGACAAGUCUGAAACUUGAAGCAGGAUGGCUUCUGCAGAAGAGAAUGAAAUUAUUAAAACUUUAUAUCAGCACCAGUUUGGAUUUUUCAUGUCAAAGAUUAUGUUUACAGCCUGUGAGUUGGGAGUUUUUGAUCUGCUUUUGGAGUCAAAAGAGCUCCUGAGUUCAGCAGUCAUCGCUGAACGCUUGGGCACCAGCCACAUAGGAAUGCAAAGGCUGCUGGAGGCCUGUGUGGUCUUAAAGUUACUAAGAAUGGAGAGGAAGGACAACGAAGGCCUUUUUGGAAAUACAGACCUUGCCAACCUCUGCCUUGCUAAAUCAAGCCCAAGGACCCAAUAUAAUUUCAUGAAGUUCCUAUCUGAUAUUGUUUAUCCAGGUUCACAAUAUUUGAUUGAUGCUAUAAGGGAAGGAAAAAACCAGAUUCAAUCUGUGUAUGCCAUUGCAUCAAACGACCCUUUUGAGUAUGUUUACAGUACAGAAGAAAGGCUGCAAAGAUUCUCCAGCGCUAUGGGUGAUGCCUGGAGCCUACAUGGUCAGGAACUGUUGUCUGCAUUUGAUCUUUCCUGUUUCCAAGUUGUUUGUGAUGUGGGAGGAGGAAAUGGUGCUUUAGCCAAAGAAUAUAUUUCGUUGUACCCAAAAGCUACUGUGACGAUUUUUGACUUACCUAAAGUAGUAGAAGGAGCAAAGAAAAAGUCUGUGUCCUCAGAAGAAUGCCGGAUUUCCUUCCAUGGAGGUGACUUCUUUAAAGAUCCAUUUCCUGAAGCUGAUCUGUAUAUUUUGGCCAGGACCUUGCAUGAUUGGGAUGAUGAUACAUGUGAGCAACUGCUAACUAAAAUAUACAAGGCCUGCAAACCUGGUGGUGGAGUGAUGGUAUUGGAAACAGUUAUCAAUGAAGACAGAACCGGACCUUUGGUAGGUCACAUACGUUCCAUAAUGAUGAUGCUUUUGUGUGACGGAAAAGAACGGACUCAAUCCGAGUUCAAUGCCCUCUUAAAUGCAGCUGGCUUCAAGGAGAUUCAGUCCAAGAAAAGAAAUAAUUAUGGUGCCAUUUGGGGAAGAAAAUAAUCCUGCCUCUGUUUCCUUUAUGUUCAGCACUUAAAAUGGAUGAUAAACCUGUGACUCUCCAUAUCUUCUUGGACUCCAGUUCCUAUCAGCCCCAGCCUUCUUAGCCAGUUGGGAGAGAUGAUUAGAGAAAUUAGUUCAUCAACAUGUAGAAUUGCAUUUGUUGCUGUAAUGAAGUAUGAGUCUUGUAUUCAUGUUUGUUGUGUUUAACUAUGCGCUUGUGGUUUGGUUAGGUAGGUAUGAGACGGCAGCAGCCAUUUUGUGGCUCUCCUCUGAGGCGGUUGCCAUGGAGAUGUGGGCGGAAUCAUCUGCCGAGGGGAGGAGAAGUGAAGAGGGUUUUUUUUUACAAAAGUGAAGUCAGUCUGUAGUCUGAUGAGGCACAGGGGAGAUUGAUUCCAGGUUGAUGGGAUCAAGGAGACUCAAUUGUUCAUUUUGAGUCGGUUUUAAAUAAGUUUGGUGACUUAUUUAAUGUAGCCUGUGUCUUGGAAAGGCACAGAAAAUCUGUGAUAGUAUAACAUGGGGGUGACUGUGGUUUGAAGUCACUGGAUAGUCCAAGUUUCAGACUUUGGGAACCAAUCCCAGCUGGACUCACAGAGAUCCGUUGAAGUAACAGUUGGAAAGGAACAGAGAAAGAAAUUUUAACUACUUUAAGUAAAAGAAGUGAUACUUUAGAGAGUUUGAUUCAUCUCAUUCUAGUAUUGUAACUGUUAAUAAGAAUAUCUCUAAGUGAAACAUCUUUUGUAACCACCAAGCUUGUGUCUGAAUAAACUUGAUAUUAUUCUUUCAA